AUGGCAACUCUCAGAUCAUUGACUUGCUUUGUUCUAGCGGCAUUGUUAAUAGAAGUAGCCGCGGCAGUUAGCUACACGGUCGGAGGGAGCGGCGGGUGGGACACGAGUACUGAUUUCCAGACUUGGGCAUCAUCUCAGAAGUUCAUGGUAGGAGAUACUCUGGUCUUUCAGUACACACCAAUCCAUGAUGUAACCGAAGUCACCAAGGCAGACUAUGACUCUUGCCAAGCAACCAGCCCAAUCAAAACAAGCACUGGUGGCUCCACCACUGUUUCACUCACAUCUCCGGGCAAGAGAUACUUCAUUUGCGCUACCCCAGGACACUGCGCCGCAGGAAUGAAGCUCGAAGUAGACACCCUCGCAGCCACUUCAUCCCCGCCACCAGCCAUUCCCGCCACCCCUCCACCCGCAUCUCCCGCCACCCCACCACGGAGAUCCCAAGCUGCUUCCCCGCCGUCAAAAUCUCCACCUGCAUCUCCCGCCACCCCACCACCGAGAUCCCCAGCUGCUUCCCCGCCGUCAAAAUCUCCAGCAGCCUCUCCUCCAGCAAAAUCUCCAGCUAGUCCUCCACGUUCUGCUCUGUCUCCUACAACACCCGAAUCCUCACCGGCAAUGGCUCCUACAACACCCGAAUCCUCACCAGCAACGACGCCAGGAUUAGCUCCUCCAAGCGAAACUGGUGCGGAAUCGGCAAAGUCAUUGGCCAAUAGAGGAAGUUUGACUUUUACUUGGGCCAUGGGAGUAUGCUUCGGAGUCGCGAGCCUUCUGGCUGUGUAAGGAGCUAAACAUUCUUUUGUGAUUCUGUUAGAUCUCUGUAUUUGAUAAUUUUUUUUGUAUCU